AUGGCCACCUCAGCAAGUUCCCACCUGAGCAAAGCUAUAAAGAACAUGUACAUGAAGCUGCCCCAGGGUGAGAAAGUGCAAGCUAUGUACAUCUGGAUUGAUGGGACUGGAGAGCACUUGCGCUGUAAAACCCGGACAUUGGACCAUGAACCAAAGAGCAUUGAAGAUCUACCAGAGUGGAACUUUGAUGGGUCUAGUACCUUUCAGUCUGAAGGCUCAAACAGCGAUAUGUACCUACAACCUGCCGCCAUGUUCCGUGACCCCUUCCGAAAGGACCCCAACAAGCUGGUUCUCUGUGAGGUCUUCAAGUACAACCGCCAGACGGCAGAGACAAAUCUAAGACACACCUGUAAACGGAUUAUGGAUAUGGUAUCCAACCAGCUCCCCUGGUUUGGGAUGGAGCAAGAAUACACUCUACUAGGGACAGAUGGACAUCCAUUUGGCUGGCCCUCCAAUGGAUUCCCUGGGCCUCAGGGCCCAUAUUACUGUGGAGUUGGGGCAGACAAAGCCUAUGGCAGAGACGUUGUGGAAGCCCAUUACCGAGCAUGUCUCUAUGCUGGGGUUAAAAUUGGAGGGACGAACGCAGAGGUGAUGCCAGCACAGUGGGAGUUCCAGGUGGGCCCAUGUGAAGGGAUUGAGAUGGGAGAUCACCUUUGGAUUGCACGCUUCAUCCUCCAUCGGGUGUGUGAAGAUUUUGGGGUGAUUGUGUCCUUUGAUCCCAAGCCCAUCCCUGGGAAUUGGAAUGGAGCUGGUUGUCACACUAACUUCAGCACUAAGUCCAUGAGGGAAGAAGGCGGUCUCAAGUAUAUUGAGGAAGCCAUUGAGAAGCUGGGCAAACGGCACCAGUACCACAUCCGCACUUAUGACCCGAAAGGGGGGCUGGACAAUGCUAGGCGCCUUACAGGUUUCCAUGAAACAUCAAGCAUCCAUGAGUUCUCAGCUGGUGUGGCCAACCGUGGUGCCAGCAUUCGUAUCCCCAGGAGCGUGGGCCAAGUGAAGAAAGGCUAUUUUGAGGACCGCCGACCUUCUGCCAAUUGUGACCCUUAUGCUGUGACGGAGGCACUAGUCCGUACAUGUCUCCUCAACGAGACUGGGGAUGAGCCUUUUGAGUACAAGAACUAGAUGAACUGCUCCCAACAGACAACACCUUCCCCCAUCCCCAACUUUUAAACUUCCCUCCUAGAUGUAAUUUUGAGGGCAUGAGUUACCAUGUUUGUGUCUGAAUAACUCUUGUUGUCUUGUGGGGGGAAGGAGAGUUUAGUUUUUCGGUGUCUAUUUGUUAUUGAUGCUUCAGAAGACGGGGAAGAGAAGGUUAGAGAGAAUUUUAACCACUGUUUCAUCUAAUUCUUCUGUAUGUCUGGCAGGAUCCAGUGGCUUCCAGGGACAGAUGGUGCAAUGGGUGACGGGAAGAUGGAGGGUUUGCCCAAUAGUUGCAUUCAUAUGCUAUUAACCUGCAUGAUAAGCUCUCCAUAGACCUUGUUCUCAAAGUUAGGGUUAUUCAGAAGGGAGUAAGGCAGUUGUGAUGAAUUCCCUUCUCAUUCCUUCCUCUCUGGCCAUGUUCUGGGCAUCUUGUUGUCCUAGCUAAAUGUGAGAGCUGUUAGCAGAAUUCCUCCCUACUCUGUCACUGGAAGCCAUGGGGUCUGCUCAUAACACAGAGUGAGGUAGUAUUUUUAUAUUUAAAUAUAAAAACAAAAAAAUUAUAUGAAGUUGUUUUUCCUUUUUUAAAAGGAUAAUAAAAGAUGACGUUCCAAUCGCUCGGCCAGCUAGAGCAGGCAGAGUUUCUGAAGGUAUCAUUGGAGAUGCAACUCCAGUAUGGGAUAGACAAGAGUGAUACGGGAGGGCUCCCUGUGGUGCAAGGGUAGCUGGGCUGUGAAAUUCCACUUUGCAUUGUGAAUUAGCUGUUGCUCACUGGAUAGCUGUUCAGAGUCCAGAGCUCAUGGUAAGGAUUGGAACACACUCUCAAGUCUGUGAACCGCAUGCACUUGCGUGGCGAACACAAGAAGGCUUUUCUAAGCUAUGAGUUGGCUGGUCAACUUAACCACUUUAUUGACAGGGUUGUGGGUGUUUUACUUUUUCCAGUGGGAUUAGCAUGUCACUAAAGCAGGGCUUUUGAUAAAGAAACAAGUUUUAGAUUUUAAUAAUGUUCUUACAAGUUUCUAAAACUGUACAGUUUUACAGAGACUAUUGAUGUUACUGUUCUGUCUUGGCUCUCCAGCUAGCUGCCAUCUAGUCAGGACUUUACUAAUGAGGGGGGCUUUCUGACCCCCCAGCCUGGCCCUAGGUACCCCUUAGGGCACUUCUAGUGGCUUCAAAUGUUCCAGGAUUUUAUACUUGGGUAUCUUGGGUGGUGCCGACAUAUAUAUUCCAUUGCAUUUGGACUUCGGAAUAGUUUCUUUUAUAAUAAAAACCAAAAACCAACCUUAAUUAUGGC